CAACCGAACCAAGACGUGAUUAAGUCCUCUUAUUGUUUCUUGGAAGGUUCAAGUAACAAGAUAUGAAGCUUCUUUCACCUACUUUUUAUGUUGCUCCCUAAACAAGAGAAACAGAGUGUUGUGGGAUUGGAACUGGAGAAGAGAGAGCUUGGUAAUUUACCUCCAUCUGCAUUUCUUUUUUUUUUUCAUUGAGUUGUUCAUUUAUGGUUUUGAGCUUAAAACCCAGAAAUGAUAUAAAGGCCAUUUAGAAUAGAGGGUUAGGAAUAUAAGCAAAGAGAAAUUAAGAGGACGCUUUGUUGGGGUUCUGAGCUAAUUAGGAGGAUAUAAAUUAACAUGGCUUCUUCUUCUUCUUCUUCUUCUUCUCAAGAAAAGUACGACGUGUUCCUUAGUUUCAGAGGUACGGACACCCGUGUUGGUUUUACUGGAUAUCUUUAUUAUGCUUUGCGUGAAAAGUGUAUCCACACUUAUAUGGAUGAGCAACUUGAAAGUGGUCAUGAAAUUUCACCAACACUUAUGAAGGCCAUUCAGGAAUCUAAGAUUUAUAUAAUAGUUUUCUCCAAAGAUUUUGCAUCUUCCAGAUGAUGUUUAGAUGAAUUGGUGAAAAUACUCGAAUGCAAGAGAAAUGAGAAUGGGAAACAUGUCAUACCCAUUUUUUACGGCAUAGAUCCAUCCACUGUGCGAAACCAAGAGCAGAGUUAUGAAGCUGCAUUUGAGAAUCAUGAACAACGUUUUUUGACAAUCUGGACAAGGUGCAGAAGUGGAGGCGUGCUCUAAAAGAAGUAGCUGAUUUGUCCGGUUAUCAUUCAAGGAAUUUUAGGCUUGAGUACGAGUUAGUUCAACAAAUUGUUGGAGAUGUUUUAUCGAAAUUGUCUAAGUUCCAAUUAACAAAUUAUGAGCAUGUCAUUGGAAUUGAAGAGAAUAUCAAGAUAAUUGAAUCAUUAUUAAGCAUUGGGUCAAUGGAUGUUCGCAUCAUAGGUAUUUGGGGCAUUGGAGGUAUUGGCAAGACCACCCUUGCUAGCAUUGUGUUUCAAAAAUAUGCGUACUCUCAUUUUGAUCGUCAUUGCUUUCUUAAGGAUAUUCAAGAAGGAGCUGAUACAUAUCAAUUGAGAAAAGAACUUCUUUAUCAGUUAGUAAAUGAUAAAAAUGUUGUAUGCACUGACACCCCAGCUGUAGGAUCAGGAUUUAUUCAAGAUAGAUUACGAUAUAAAAAGGUAUUUAUUUUUUUAGAUAAUUUGAAUGGAAGCAAAAACAAAUUAAAAGUUUUAUUGGCUGGGUAUCAUUUUGCUAUUGGAAGCAGAAUCAUUGUCACAACUAGAGACAUGCAAUUACUUAAGACAGAGAAGGGUGAAAUUUUCGAGUUGACGGGGCUAUCUGACUUUGAUGCUCUCAAGCUCUUCUGUUCCAAUGCUUUUGGACAACCUUUACCUGCAACAGGUUAUGAGUCUUUAUCAGAAAGAAUUGCAAAUUAUACAAAGGGCAAUCCAUUAGCUCUUGAAGUCUUGGGUUGUUCCCUUAAGUCCAAAGACGUAAAAUAUUGGGAAAGUGCAUUGGCUAAGUUGAAAACAUCUCUGGAUCCUGACAUUCAAAAAGUGUUGAGAAUAAGUUUUGACGGAUUAGAUGACAAAGGCAGCCAGGGUAUAUUUCUUGACAUGGCAUGCUUCUUUCCUGGUAGAGUGCGUAGAGACGUUGUAGAAAGCUUAUUAAAUCGCACUGAGGAUUCUGAUGAAGAAAUAAGAAUAGAUGCUCUAGUUGAUAAAUCCUUGGUAAAAGAAUCGGAAGAAGUUUUGGAAAUGCAUGACUUAUUACGACAAAUGGGCCAGGGGAUUGUUUUUGACGAGAACAAAGAUUCAGGAAAGCGUAGUAGACUAUGGAAUGUUAAGGAUGUCUGCCAUGUACUGGAAAGAAAUACGGCUUGAUUGUCAGGGAACAUCCAAAAUUGAAGGUAUAUUAUUGAAGCUGCCAGACCUUAAAAAGGAUGUUAAAGUGAGUCCUAAAGCAUUCUCAAAGAUGCGCAAUCUACGAAUUAUUUAUUUAUUAUUGUUAUUUUUUUAUUGUGAGCGAUAGCCACUUGAGCUCGAGAAGUUAAAGAAGAGCGAUCUUAGUUUUUCUACGCACCUUAUUCAAAUACCAAACUUGUCUCGGGCUAUAAAUCUUCAACAAAUAUAUCUUCAAGGCUGCACAAGUUUGGUUCAUAUUCCUCCAUUUUUUCAGAAUCUCAACAAGCUUCAGAUUCUAAAUAUGACAUAUUGCAAAAAUCUGGAAGACGGCACAGAAAAUCUUCCAAACAGCCUAAAAGAUUUAAGAAUGAGUGGGACAGCAUUUAAAAGUCUACCAGAAAGUAUUUGGGAGAUGAAAUAUCUGGAAAUUCUGAUACUUAAAGAUUGCACAAAUCUGAGAAAGAUUUCAGAAAUCUCGAAUCAGGUGAAAUGCUUGAGUGAAAUUUUGUUAAGUGGAGCAGAGAUUGAAGAGUUACCCGAGGCAAUUGAAGGUCUAACUCUGCUCGAAUAUUUAGAUCUUAAUAGGUGCUAUAAGAUUAAGUUUCUCCCAAAGAACCUGUGUGAAUUAUCGGUCCUUCGACAGUUGAGCCUUUGCGAAUGUUCAUCACUUGAAGAAUUGCCUCCCCUUCCACGUGGUUUGGACGAAUUAAAGAUAAUGAAAUGUGAGAGAUUGAAAUCAAUAGCAGAGCUUCCAUCAUCUUUACGUUUUUUGUAUGCAAACCACUGCAGAUCGUUGGAGACAAUAUCAAGUCCGGGGUCUCCACCCAAACCACCUUUUCGCCAUAGUUUAUGCGGUUAUUGGUUUGCGGAUUGUCUAAAAUUGGAUGAGGACACACGCAACAACGUAAUUGCUGACCGAGCACGCCUUCUUUCAUUGUCCCGUCAAGAUGAUGGAAAGUAUAGUCAUCGUUUCAUGUAUCCAGGAGAUGAAAUCCCAGAAUGGUUCAGCUAUCAAACUGAUGGUGGGAAUUCUAUCAAUAUCCACCUUCCUCCAAAUUGGUUUGAACUGCCAUUCAGAUUUGCUUUUUGCAUUGUUUUCAAUAUGUUCUAUAAUGAAAUUAAUUUGCUAGAUUUUACUAUUAGAUACGAAUUCAAUUUCAAAACCAACACUAGUAAUAGUGAUGACCAUCUUCACAAUUAUGAUCGCAUUACCGGCGUAGGUGCGGCUAGCAUCGUUGAUUUAGAUCAUGUGUUUAUUGUUGGCGAAGCUUUGUAUCCUCGUGAUUUGUCCAAAAUGUUUGGGCCAAACUGGUCCUCCAUGUGUAGCAACAUUACCGAGGCUUCUUUCCGAGUAUCUUCGACCAAUCAGGAGUAUGACCAUGUGGACACGAUAAAAAAGUUUGGGUUUCGGUUCUGCAAUGCUGACUAGGGGUUUGAGAAACUAAAUGUAGACAGAGCCGGAUCUAAUCAACCAAAUGGACACAAACACAACGGCGACUCACUUCCUCACAAUAAUUCCAAGAGAAUCAAGCUUAUGGGACAAUAUAUUACCGUAUAGCUUCCAAAUGAAUAAGAAAUAUACGAAAGGCUCGUGUGGAGGCCUCCAGAAGAGAGUGAGCAGGAAGAAGAACAAGAUUAACGAUUAAGGAAGUGAUGAAGAAGAUUACCAUUCCUAUUGGUGGUUCUCGAGAAGCUAUGAAAGAUGAUGUACUCGUGGAACCGAACCAUUAGUUUUGUUGAAUGGGAAAAGCUGACCACCCAGCAAAUGGCGAGAGAGGUGGGUUUUGAGAGUCGCUGAGUUUUUUCUUUGUCAUGCAAGUGAGUGAGGUGGAGUGGAGGGAAAAGAAACAAUCAUCAGGGACAUGUUCGGUAAUCUUUCUAAGCAUAAUAGUAAUUUAAGAUGAGCAGUCAAGUGUGAUUUAAUUUAUUUA